GAGGCUACUAGCGAGUCUGCUAGCGAGGCUACUAGCGAGUCUGCUCGGCUAGUUUGCUAAGCGAGUCUGUCAGCUAGUCUGCAACCUUCGCGUUGUCGUUAGCUUAUCAGCGGCUAACUGCAGCUAGCCUUCGUUGUUCCAUUUUGUAGAUUGCAACUGCAUCGCUGCCAUUCCGCUCAUCGUUGUGCUCGCGCUAGAUAUUACUGUCACUUGCUCAAUUGUUACUUCUGCCUUGGAUGAAUGUGGGACAAAAUGGAGACCCCGACGAUUGUGUACGACUUGGAUACCUCCGGGGGCUUAAUGGAGCAAAUCCAGACACUUCUGGCGCCCCCGAAAUCUGAGGAGGUAGAAAAGAGGAGUCGGAAGUUGGGCAGAGACGUCCGGAGAAGUGGUAGGGCCACCAACCACGACACAUGCGACAGUUGUCGGGAAGGCGGCGAUCUGUUGUGCUGUGAUCACUGUCCUGCAGCCUUCCAUCUCCAGUGUUGUGACCCGCCCCUGAGUGAAGAGAUGCUUCCCCCAGGAGAAUGGAUGUGUCACCGUUGCAAUGUUCGCAAAAAGAAACGAGAGCAAAAGUCUGAGCAGACAAAUGGCCUGCUAGAAAAGUCCUGUGCAAAGCGUUCAUCUUCCCCAGCUAUGGAGUUGGAGCUUAGUGCUGGGCCAUUACGUCUUGAUGGACUUCCUCCCGGAGCUGGAGCAGCUGGGCCGGGUCUUCGUGUGGCCCAGGUACGCCUCUUGGACCGUAGGAGUAGCAGCAGACCAAGCAGCCGGCCAGGCACGCCAACUUCCAAUACUUCGUCGACCCCUACUCCAUCAGAGGAGCAGAAUGAUGGAGAAGAAGAGGCAGCUGAGCCAGAUGAGGAUUUUCAGGGCACUGAGCUGGAGAGCAUUGCAUCGUCUGCUCCAACCCCACGUCUUCUCAAGAGGCCUUUUCAGCUGCUAAUAGCAGCCGCUAUGGAGAGAAAUCCAACGCAAUUCCAGCUUCCUAGUGAGCUCACAUGCACCACAGCACUACCAGGUAGCAGUAAGCGGAGGAAAAAGGAGGAAUUACUUGGGAAGCCAUUCAGGCGACCCCAGUAUGAGCUAGAUCCCAAUGGUCUGGUACCUUUACCAGUCAAAGUCUGCUUCUCAUGCAACAGGAGUUGCAGGUUGGCUCCUUUGAUACAGUGUGACUAUUGUCCUCUUCUAUUCCACACGGACUGUCUCGACCCGCCACUUACAGCUUUACCUACCGGCAAAUGGAUGUGCCCAAAUCAUGUUGAGCACUCAGUGCUGAAUCAGGGGAGCCUCAGCUUGUCCAACCGCUGUCAGCUUUUCGACCAAUUUCAGGACAGAAUGUCCCAACAUGCUGUCAAGUUGGACUUCCUACGCAGGGUACAUCGACCCUAUUCUCCCAACAGUCGGGCCACACGGCAGUACAACAAGAAGACCAUCAAGGUGCCAGAUGCCAUCAAGUUUCAGUACAGGAACCCCCCCUCCGGUCUACAUCCUGCAGGGACGCGACAGUUGGAGUUGGUCUGUAGUGGUGUGCCUGAACACAAACACAGGAAACAUCUUACUACAGAGGAGGAGCAGCAGGAGUGGCUCCAGGAUGUCAUCGCCCUUCAAUGCAGCAUCAUGCGACACUUGUCUACCAAGCAAAAGACUUCAUCCACCCUCCUAACAAUAUCUCCACCAGCACAGUUGGACUCUGACAUGAAAGACAUUUGUAAAUCAUGUAAAAUUCCUGAGAAUGUGAAAAGUCAGCCCUUUUCAGAAAGGACUUAUUCAUCAGACUGUAAAUCCUGCAGUGCACCUGAUAACCACCAGGAGACCUCUCCAGCAAGGGACACAUUGGUACAGCAAUUUGCUUGUAAAUGCCGCCUGCCACAAUGCCAGAACUGUAGGAAACAUAAUGGACCUCUACAUGAAAAAAUUCAUCCUCCCAAAGUAAACGGACCUGUCGACUGUAAAACUGAGUGUUGCAUACAAGGAGAGCUAAAGCCUGAUACAGCUACUGCCUCUGACCCAGUGAACCACAUAGGCCCCCAAACACUCAAGAAGGAGCCCAACAGCACUAAAGAAGCUUGCACUCCAGCCCAAUGGUCACAUCGUAACCAACAGAACCAUAGGACCCAGGAAGAGUGUAUCAGCAGUGGCGAAAAACUCUCUGAUGCUAUCUCUAUUAGUGCUCGGUCUGAAACACUCCCUAAAGACAACCAAGAGGAGCACCCAAACACUGCUUUGUCAUCACCAACUCCAGACAUAAAGGCCGGCCCUGAACGGACAGACACACUGCUGCCCAGUACACUCUCCGCCAUCACCAACUGCUUUAAAGACCAACUGGAUGAUAAGGGGGAUAUCGAGCUGGACAAGUUGGAUGCAGAGAUGAUCAAGCUGCUUGCAUGGCAGAGGAUCCAACAGCUAUUCCCAUUCAAAGACCCUGACACCCGUCCUACAGUUGCCAGUAAUGCUUCCAAAACCCCCACGUCCCUCCCUGACCAUCAGAAAAAGUUGCAGGCCCGAGCAAUCUUCUACCCAUUGACAGGAAAAGGGAAAUCUGUCAGCAUGUGCUAUAGGACGUUAUACAUAGGAUCUGGUGCUGAUAUGGACGUGUGCCUUCCAAACUAUGGUCAUUGCAACUACAUAUCGGGGAAACAUGCUUGUAUAUUCUUUGAUGAGAACACCAAACAUUAUGAGCUGCUAAACUACAGCGAGCAUGGGUCCACAGUCGACAACGUUCUCUACUCUUGUGACUUCUCUGAAAAAACCUCACCAUCUCCACCCAGUGGCCUGGUAACUAAGGUCCAAGGCAUCAUCAGUCGUAGCAGAAAAAAGGUGGAUGUCCAGGCUCCCAGGUGUGUUCUCCCAGCUGGCGGGGUGAUGAGCAGCCACCCACAGGGUGGUGUGGAUCAGUGGUGCAGCUGCAAGGCCAGCAGCUCCAGCCUGAUAGGCAGCAGUGGAGCAGGCUGGGAGGGCACCGCCAUGCUCCACCAUGGCAGCUACAUCAAACUGGGCUGCCUGCAGUUUGUCUUCAGCAUCACAGAGUUUGCUAGUAAGCAGCCCAAAGAGGAAGCAGCGAGCACCAUGCCACCACCUGCCUCCAGUCAGCAGGAGAUGGUGACACUCCUCUCCAGCGCUGCACCGUAACUCAAAUGUCAUGAAGGGAAAGAAAUACACUUGGCUGGCACGUUUAGUUUGUCAUAGGUCAUUGUUAAUAUCGACUAUGGUUUAUAUCUUUGCAUGAAGUAUUAAUGACAAUCUCUUUUAUUUUGAAAUGACUGACAUCAACUGUCUGUUCACUUUCAGCAAAUAUUUGGAUGCUAAUAGCCUGUGUUCAUGGUUAUAAUACGUAUUCUUGUCCGUUUAACACAAACAUUGUACUUUUGACUUGUAUGCAUUUUUAUUUUUGCUGCUUUUGCACCACCGGUAGCUCUAUUUGUAUAACAUACUGUACGUGAUGCUCACAAACUAUGUAUAUAUUCUGUAAAUGUGUAUAAUUCCUCUCAAUUGGAGAACUAUUGCAUUUUGUGUAGAUCUGUCAUGGGGGCGGGGGCCAUGGACUUUGUGAUACUGUGUAGAGUACCAGAUAUUUUGUGAUAAAACUUGUUAAGUCUGUCCCAUGCCGCUGUAGCUUCAUCUUUAAAUAGCCUAUGGUUUAGCAUCUUGUAUUUGUCUGUACCUCUUCUGGAAAUACAGAAAGCUUUUCUAAGACUA